CUAUAGAAGGAAGAAGAAAAUGUCCAUGUAGUUGUCUGUGUUCACUGCAAUACUCACAGUGUCAUUUCAUCAGUCACUAUGGCACACGCUGCGCUACUGCUGCUCAUCAGCUUGAGCAUUUCUGUGGGUCCAGCCGUAAGUUUCUACGGGGCGUCUAUGACCUUCAUGCCUGGAAACAGAUAUCCGGAUGGAACAGUGGAGAUGCACUUUUACUACAGAGAGUCUGGCAAACUGCCCUGUGAUCCUCAAGUCUCAUGGGUCUGUGAUAGUGGCGACUGCGGCGAUCUCACAUACGCAGAACCUGACAUGACGGAUCAGGACCACUCGGGUCAGAUCCUCUGGUGCCAGACUGAGCGUCACAUGACCACCAAUGUCAGUCGUGAUGAACUCUUCACACUGAGAGGGUCUGGUUGCUGCUGGGCUAAUAAUGUUCAUGAUGUCCGCGAAUGGAUGCUUCGGAGUCUUGUUGACACAAGACAACGUUCAGACACUCGCACUACAAACAGGUCACCCGUUUCAGCAACAAUACCAAACAUAAGGGUUCCUCAGAACUGUUUUCAGAAUCUUCACCUGCUGGUCCAUGAUCCAGAUGGGGAUGAUGUGAGAUGCAAGUGCCCAUCUUGCCAUCAACACCCUAAAAUACAUCUUGAGGAGGACUCAUGCACCAUGAGUAGUAAUGGCACACUGGAUGUGGGACUGCAUGUUUUUGAAUUCACACUGGAGGAUUAUCCUGUAUCAAACAUCACUGUGAUGAAUGGGAAUGGGAUCUCCUCUGUCAGAAACCCUUAUAAUCAGACUGCCGACGCUGACCCAACUCCACUCAGUCAAGUGCCUCUGCAGUUUGUAGUUGAAAUCCAAACACCAGUCCACAGUUGUGCACCCGGGGUGAACAGGCCAAGUUUACUGACACCAACUCCCUUACAUGGAGAUGUUCAACACGCAGCUGUGGGAGGUGUUCACACUAUCACCCUCCGUGCCCAGAGCUUGAGCCACAGUAUCUUGGAUUUCCAGGUCAGUGGACCAUGGAAUAUGUCAACAGUCUUGAGAAAUGCAAGUCAAGGUGUUACUGAGGCAACACUAACCUGGAAACCACAAGAAUCCGACCUGCAUCAUCAUGUACCCGUGUGUUUUGCUGCAGAGACACUUCAGAGUCAGUCAGAGAUGAGGUGCAUCGUGAUCAUUGUGGCAAAAUCAAGAGUUCUCUCAGGUGAAGCAGAGGUAUUCUGUGAGAAUAACAGUAUCAGCAUUGCAGUAAGCAAAGCCUCCAUGAAGGGGAUUGAUCAAAAUUGGCUCCAACUGAGAGAUCCCACCUGUUCUCUAACAUCCAAUAACACCCAUAUCUUGGGCACCAUGUCCCUCAACACCUGUGGAACCACGAUGGAGGACGCAGGAGACUUCUUGGUCUUCAAAAACGAGAUCAAUUCUUUUGAGAACCCUAAUGAAGUGAUCACCAGACGCAGUCAAGUUAAAAUAGGCUUCUCCUGCCAAUACCCCAAAGUGGCCAGUGUUUCUAACCACUACAUCAACAAGAAGUCUGACUACAUCUUCACUGAAUCCAGCUUUGGCACUUUUAGUUACUCGUUUGAUAUUUUUACUAACAAUAACUUCAGCAGUCGGGUAGAUCCCAGUCUGUAUCCACUGGAGAUAAAUUUGAUGGAUAUGCUCUACAUGGGUAUUGCAGCUCAUUCUGCUCUUCCUGAGGUCCGGCUCUUUGUGGAGUCUUGCAGGGCCACUCCAGAUGACAACCCAUACAGUGCCCUAUCUUAUGACAUCAUCAAAGAAGGGUGUAUUAUGGAUGACACAGUUGAGGUUUAUCAAAGUGAUUCAAGAAUGUAUGACUUUGGGAUCCAGGCUUUCAAGUUUACAGGCGGCUACAAUGAGGUGUACGUUACCUGCUCUGUCAUUCUGUGCGCGGAAGGAAGUUCAAACUCAAGAUGCGCCCAAGGCUGCCUCCAAGAACACGCACGCAAACACAAACGAGAUGUGAGCAAAGAAACUGCCAGGCAUUACAUCACGCAGGGUCCCUUCCGUGUAGCGAGACAAACUCAGCAUUCUGCAGCAGCUUCAGAAAAUGGUGGUUCUCUUCAUAUCAGCGCAGGCACCGGGGUCUUCGCAGGACUCUUCAUAGUCUCCAUGGUGGUUCUGGUGGGAUUGUUGGUGUAUAAUGGCAAAAAAACAAGAGCACCUGACCACAUGUAUCUGAUGUCAAACUUCUGAAAUAUUUUAUUUUCAUUACAGAUAGUUAAAUGAAUUUUUUAUUUUAUUAUUAUGAAUCCUAUCUGUUCAUCUUAUUAAAUCUGAUUUUGUUGGUAAAAUCUGCAUUACAUUGUGACAGACAUUGCACAUCUCCUAAAGUUGCACAUACAUCAAGUGCAUACGUUUUAGAAACUGUUAUUGAUUUUUGUGUGUAUCAGAUUCUGUCCAAAGGUAAAGACCUGAUUUACAUGAGCAAAUUAAUAGUUUAGAACAAUAAAUAGCAGAUUAGAAGCAUACUUACCUUUGAAUAUUAACUAGAAUUAUAUUAGCAUUAUAUUGUCUUUUUUUCUUUCCGACCCUUUUUCUCUUCACUUACGCAAGGUUUAACAUUGAUAUCAUUUAGUAACUUGGUGUUUAAAUAAUCAUGGUGCCUGUGAGGUGGUGCGUGUGUUUGUAUGUACAUAGACUGUCACAAACAACUGUUACCUCAGUGAAAAUUGUACUCUAUCAAAAGUAAAAGAAUAAAGUAAAAUGAAAAGUAAAAAAAGUACAUUCUGUUACAAACAGAAUUAAAUCAACAACAAUUUCAUGGAGUCAGAUUAACUUUUGUCUUCCAAUUACUGGUCUAAAUAAGUAGGUGUUGGCCCAAUAAUUAUAGUGACCCUGACAUGAUCUUAUAUUUUUGUAAUUCUGACCUAAAUCGACCUAAUAUAAAGACAAAUGUGCUUUUAUGCCAUCAUUCCCUGCUAAUACUGCUGUCUGUUGUGAGUUUGGUCUCUUUUUGCUUCAAUGGUUUCAUUAGACAACUUAAAUAAAGUCUCUUUAUUGA